AUGUCGAGCAAGGAGGAGAAAUCAGAAGAUCAGAAUCAGUCCAGUUGGAAAGAUUUCAUCUACAAUCCGCGGAGUGGGGAGUUCAUGGGUCGCACGGCCAGCAGCUGGGCCCUCAUCUUCCUCUUCUACCUGGUCUUCUAUGGGUUCCUGGCAGGGAUGUUUACGCUCACCAUGUGGGUCAUGCUGCAGACUUUGGACGACUACACCCCGCGGUACCGGGACCGAGUCGCCAAUCCAGGCUUGGUGAUUCGGCCCAAGUCCAUGGACAUCGUCUUCAACCGGACCGACCCUGCCAUGUAUAGCCAGUACGUCCGACCUCUGGAGGCCUUCCUGCAACAGUACAACGACACGGAGCAGGAGAAGAACGAGCUGUGUGUGUCGGGCGAGUACUUUGACCAGGACAACGAGCCCGAGAAGAAGGUGUGCCAGUUUAAGCGCAGCACGCUGAGGCAGUGCUCCGGCUUGUCGGACCCCUCCUUCGGGUACGCCGAGGGCAAGCCCUGCGUCCUCGUCAAGAUGAACAGGAUCAUUGGUCUGAAGCCCAGAGGUGAUCCGUACAUUAACUGCACGGCAAAGAGAGAAGGCACACUGCAGAUGCAGUACUUUCCAGCAGAGGGCAGGUUUGAUAAGAUGUACUUCCCUUACUAUGGCAAGAAGGCCCACCCGUCCUACGUUCAGCCGCUGGUCGCGGUUAAGCUGCUGCUGGCCAAGGAGGACUACAACGCCGAGCUCUCCGUGGAGUGUAAAAUCGAGGGCACUGACCUGCGGAACAAUGACGACCGCGACAAGUUCCUGGGUCGCGUGGCAUUCCGGGUGAAGGUGAUGGAGUAGGGCCGAGACGCACGAUGCCGGCGGCGUGUCCCUCUCCCCGCUCUCCUCUCAUCCUGCCCGAAACCGGCCUCGGGGGCGGCCGUCCCUCUAGCAUCGUGGAGAAAACCCCCGUGUGGCUGACCGCCGUGUCACUUCCAUGACCCCCACGCACCACCGUACCCUCAUGAAGCAGACGAACCCCUCCCACUCCCCGAGUAAGAGCAGGAACAUCGCCUCGAGGUCGUGUGCACUAGGGACCUGUAAAUAGUUGUAUCUGGAGCUUGACUUGGUGUGGUCUUCCCCCAUCGUGCUGUGCAUCCCGUCUUGUCAGUGGUGUUUUUUCUAUGUACAUAUUUACUGAAUUCGAGCACCGUCUCCGUCAUAGCGCACUCCGUCUGCCCGUUGGACGAACCGUAGGGAAGAAAUUACGGAUUAAGAGGAAUGAUUUAAAUUACUGAAAAAUAACUCAUUUUAAGACACACAGUUUUACUUGGCCGAUAUGUAAAGGAAGUGAUUUUUAACCUCUGCAGAAAUGUGGUUUGUGCAGAUGCCUUAAGACCUGUAUGGUAAAAUAAAAUCUGAAAAUAAAGUUGAUUUUAAAAAAUGA